AUGAGCAAACAAAAUUGGGUAGCAGAAAAUUACUAUUCUAAGGAUUUCGAGUGGGAUGAAUUGAGACAAGAAGUCGAAAAUGAUCCCUCUCUUCAAUACCACUUGCUCCCUUACUCAAAAGUUGAUUCGGGAAAUCAAGACGACGUACAAGACUCCGAAGCAUGGAACAAGUUUCAUGCUCGUCACUCCACUGGCAAGUUCUUUAAGGAGAGACGGUACUUAUUGAAGGAAUUUCCUGAACUAGCUUCUUGUAAGGAUUAUUCCAAGGUUUUGGAGGUGGGCUGUGGUAACGGCAGUACAGCUCUACCGAUACUACGUGAAAAAGAGAGCACCAUCUUGUAUGCCUGUGACUGCAGCACUGAAGCUCUUGAGAGAGCUAACGAGAUCAUUAAUGCUGAUAACUCAAUCUCUACUAAGCAUCGUUUUUCUUCAUUCCAAUGUGACUUUUCAACCCUUGGAUUUCCUAUGUGGUUGGCCUGCAAUUCUUGUAAAGGAAGUUUCUUGGAGAAGCAGUUUCUAGGCUUCCCAGGUGAAGACAACUGUAAGAUAGAUAUCAAUAGUCCUUCCUGCUCCGAGGAAAGCAAGUGCUGCAUUGGUGGAGUGGAUUUCAUUACCUUGAUUUUCACAUUAUCAGCCGUAUCACCUGACAGGAUGCCGAAAGCCAUUACCCAAUGCUUCUCUAUUUUAAAGCCGGGUGGUCUACUUUUAUUCAGGGAUUAUGGUCUUUACGAUAUGACCAUGCUUAGGUUUGAGCCUGCACAAAGAGUGGGAUAUCGAGAGUACUUGCGGUCAGAUGGAACACGUUCUUAUUUCUUCUGCUUGAAUAGUGUGAGAAAUUUGAUGUCUGCUGUGGGCUUCACUGAGCUUGAGCUUGAAUAUUGUUGUGUGAAGUCGGUGAAUCGCCGGAACGGGAAGAUCAUGAGAAGAGUGUGGGUACAUGGGAAGUUUCAGAAGCCUACAACCAGUCAUUGA